AUGGCAACAGACCCUGCCAUUGGGCCUGAAGUUGCCUGCCAGGUCAGUGUGAUAUCCGUGGCAUGGAGAAUUGCUCAGCAGCACAGGAUGAAGGUUAAUGGUCUUCUGUGCUCCACAAAGUCAUUGGUGUUUAGUACCCGCGGCGCGGUGACAGAUAUGAGAGAUCGUGAUGUCACUCCAGGUGCUCCUUUCUGUCAAGGAGAAAGAUUGGUGCAAGUUGGCAUUCAGCAGGAAUUCUUUGAAGAUGUUACAAGAAAGAUGAAUAAUCAGGAUCCUGUUGAUGUACUAUAUUUGGACUUCCAGAAAGCAUUUGAUAAGGUGCCACACAAAAGUUUUAAGACACAAGGUCUGGAUCGGCUAUCUUGGACAGAUGAUGGACAGUUGCUUGCUGUAUCUACACUGCGUGGAACUUUGCACGUUUUCCUUACAAAACUUCCAGUUCUUGGAAACACGUGUGGAACUCGCAUAGCUUUCCUAACUUCUCUGCUGGAGGUCACCGUGACUAAUCAUGUUGAGGAAGAACCACAAAUCACAGUUUCUGUUGAAGUAGAACCUAACUUUAUCGCUGUUGGCCCGUAUCAUGUAGCUGUUGGAAUGAAUAAUCGAGCCUGGUUUUAUGCCCUUGGAGAAAAUCGAGUGGAGAAGCUAAAAGACGUGGAGUAUCUGGGCACGGUGACUAGUAUGUGCUUAAAUUCUGAUUAUGCAGCAGUGCUUUUUGAGGGAAGAGUUCAGCUACACAUGAUUGAAAUGGAAGGCAUUGAAGCUCAGGAGGAAAGGGAAACUCGUCUUUUUCCAGGACAUGAUGACAAAUAUCGAGUUAUGUGCCACGCACUUACUGCUGAUUUCUUAGUCUAUGGAACAGAUACAGGGAUCAUCCAAUAUUUCUACAUUGAGGAUUGGCAGUAUGUGAAUGAAUAUCGCCAUUCAGUCAGUGUCCGUAAAGUUUUCCCAGAUCCCAGCGGGACUAGAAUGGCAUUCAUUGAUGACAAGAGCGAUGGGUUUGUCUACUGCCCUGUGAUUGAUACUAUAUAUGAGAUCCCAAACUUUCCCACUACUGUUAGAAGCAUUCUCUGGGAACACUUUACAAUGGACAAAGGAGUCUUUAUUGCUUAUGAUGAUGACAAGGUGUAUACCUACGUUUUUCACAAGGAUACAAUUCAAGGUUCUAAAGUCAUACUGGCAGGAGCUACUAAACUUCCUUUUUCUCACAAACCACUAUUGUUGUAUAACGGAGAGUUAACAUGUCAGACACAGAGUGGGAAAAUCAACACUAUUCUUUUAAGCACGCAUUCUUUCCUUGCUGGAUUGAAGGACCUUGGACCGAAUGAUCUUCAGCCAAUGUUGACCCAGUGUUUAAUGCUGAAAAGGUUUAAUGAAGCCUGGGAUGUGUGCAAAUUACUUAGUGAGCCUUCAGCAUGGACUGAGUUUGCUCGUGCUUGCCUCCAUCACAUGGAAGUAGAAUUUGCAAUCCGUGUUUAUCGAAUGAUUGGAAAUGUCGGAAUGGUAAUUUCACUGGAGCAGAUCAAGGGAAUAGAAGACCACAGCCUACUAGCUGGACAUCUUGCUAUGUUUACAAAUGAUUUCAAUUUGGCUCAGGAUCUCUAUCUGGCCUCCAGCUGCCCAAUUGCUGCACUAGAGAUGCGGAGGGAUCUACAGCAUUGGGACAGUGCUCUACAAUUAGCUAAACGGCUGGCUCCUGAUCAGAUCGCAUUUAUCUCCAAAGAAUAUGCUAUUCAACUCGAGUUCACGGGAGACUAUGUGAAUGCAUUGGCACAUUAUGAGAAAGGUGUGACUGGAGACAAUAAGUAUCUUGACCAUGAUGAUGCAUGUUUAGCUGGAAUAGCAAGGAUGUCAAUACGAAUGGGUGAUAUUCGACGUGGUGUCAACCAGGCAAUCAGACACACCAGUAGAGUUCUGAAGAAAGACUGUGGUGUUAUUCUAGAGAGUAUGAAGCAAUUCUCUGAGGCUGCUCAGUUAUAUGAGAAAGGACAGUAUUAUGACAAAGCAGCAUCUGUUUACAUCCGUUGUAAAAAUUGGGCAAAAGUUGGAGAGCUUCUCCCUCAUGUAACAUCUCCCAAGAUACAUCUACAGUAUGCAAAGGCAAAAGAAGCUGAUGGCAGGUAUAGUCUUGUACAACUGGAAUAUAAUUACUGUAGACCCAGGUUAACAGACAGGAUGGAUCAAGUUUCUACUCAUGUGAAGCGUGGAGACCACAUGAAAGGAGCAAGGAUGCUCAUUCGAGUUGCAAAUAAUAUCAGCAAGUUUCCAUCUCACAUUGUACCCAUUCUAACAUCAACAGUAAUUGAAUGUCACCGAGCAGGGUUGAGGAACUCCGCCUUUAGUUUUGCUGCUAUGCUGAUGAGACCAGAGUACAGAAACAAUAUUGAUCCAAAGUACAAGAAGAAGAUAGAAGCUAUGGUUAGGCGUCCUGACCAAUCAGAAGUGGAAGAGUUUACUUCACCUUGUCCAUACUGUGCUUUUCAGUUGCCAGAAUGUGAGCUGCUCUGUUCAGGUUGUAAGAACAAUCUGCCUUACUGCAUUGUUACUGGCCGCCACAUGGUGAAGGAUGACUGGACAGUUUGCCCCCAUUGCGAUUUCCCUGGUUUAUACUCAGAGUUCAAAGUCUUACUAGCUACCGAGAAAGCUUGUCCUAUGUGCUCAGAAAAACUGUGUGUGGAGCAGAUGUCACUCGUUGAGCCAACACCAUAUCUACUACGAGAUGAGGCAGAGUAAUGAGAAAUGCUGGACAUCUAAGUACAAGAUUCAGCAUCUGAAACCAUUGUUGAAAGCCCCAGCAGGAGUUCUUCAGUGCACAUCCAUAUUUGAAACAUUUUCUUUUUAAACGUAUUUAUGUUUAUAAUGAAUUAAAAUUCAUUGUGACUACUAUUUAAUAAACUCUUUUUAAAAAAAAUUCUAUGCUGAUAGUAAAGCAGGUAAUUGAGCAUUCCAAAGUUAGCUUUCACAAUCUCACUGGAGACGUGCUUUGAACACCUUUAUGAACUCCACACCACUUUUUUUUAAAAAAUUAACAUUUUUCUAAUCAAGCUGUUCAGAGAUGCUAUUACACACCUCUGGAGCAGCUGGGACUUGUGGCUCAAAUUAUACGGAGGGAGAAAAAAACUGUAAUUCAGUAAAUUUUGGAAACCUGUCUUUUUAAGGAAUGUAACUAACAAUUGAAUCCUAGCUAAUCAGGCCCAUUUAAGAAAUAGAUUUAAAAAUAUAAUGUUUUAAAGUUCUAAGAUCUUCCAGACCAUGGCCACAACUUGACAACAUUCAGAGCAAAGGGUGAGAGAUUAAUGGGACGGCAAGAGCAUAGUAGCAAUGUGACUGCUCUAGCAAUCCACCACCCAUCACCAUUUAAAUCAUAAUAUUUCCUAUCUUCAACAUUCAUUUACAACUCUAGGAUUAAUAGAAACUUACUGAAUUACUGGAAUUGUUUUGGACUUUUUUCUGGCACAGCUGGGGAGCAGGAGCAGUAGCAGUGUGUAGAAUUUUUUCCUUACCUAGUAUGUGAACAAAAGCCCAUUGUGCAGGAGUACCAUUAGCUCUAGUAAUGGGAAAUGAAAUAUAUUAAAGUCAGGGUGGGGAUAUCUCUCAAUAUUCACAACUACACCAAUUGGGUAUAAGACAGAGAAAGACAUGAUUGCAUCUACACAGCUUGAGUCCUAGCUGAUCCCAGUCUUGUCCUUUUGCCAAUGAGUUUAAAUUCUUAAGUUUUACAUCAUACCUUAGACUGCCUUCUCAGUUUUUUGGGAUUUAUUAUUAAUAUUGGAAAUCUCACUCAAAUUCCUGGCUCCUAGGAUGAACUCCGUAGUUUCAAGUAAAAAUUCUGAA